UCAGUCCAGGGGCGGGGGGGCGGAAAUGGAGGGGGCCAGCGCGUGCGGCCUCGCCCCCUGGCCCCGCGCCCGCUGGAGUGCGCGUUGGGGGCGGACGGGGUUCGGUGAUCGCCAGGGAGGUGGAGGCCGGGGCUCCCACCCUGAACAGGAGCAGCGUCGCGGCAGUACGACUGAACCUCUGGUGUCUGUGUGUAUAUGCCUGCCCAGGGAGACAUGGAAAACUGGUUCGCCGCGGCGGCGCUGAACGGGGUGGACCGACGUUCCCUGCAGCGCUCAGCUAGGCUGGGUCAAGAAGUGCUGGAGCGGGCCAAGAGGAGGGCGGUGAACUGGCAUUCACAGGAGCGUCCCAAAGGCAGCAUGGGGAGUCUUUCCCGGGAGGGGUCCUACCAAGAAAGACAGCUGGCAGCGGGUCCCCAUCCCUUUCUCCCAGGAGAGAGAGAAGAAAGGCACCCAACCCUUAGUGCUUCCUUCAGAACAAUGGCUGAAUUCAUGGACUAUACUUCAAGUCAGUGUGGGAAAUAUUAUUCAUCUGUGGCAGAGGAAGGAGGGGCAACCCAUGUUUAUCGUUAUCACAGAGGGAAGUCGGAGUUGCACGUGUGUUCUUACAGCAGGCACGGUCAGAGAAAUAACAGAGAAAAGAUAUCCCUCAGUUCCGAAAGCAACUACGAAACAUCAGCACAUGCUCCAGAGGCAUCCCAGCUGGCUGAAGAUGUCUCAAAGGACCUCUACAUAGAAGUAUAUCCAGGGACCUAUUCUGUCACUGUGGGUUCAACUGCCUCAACCAAGAAGACUCAUGUAGUAGCGGUUGAUUCGGGACAAAGUGUGGACUUGGUCUUCCCUAUAUGAUGUUGGCCUUCACUGCCAUCACAUCACUCUUUUUCAAGUAGCAAGAAGAAUAAAGCCACAAAUGAUUUUCUUAAUAAUCACACAUUAAUCCUGCUUUUAGUGCUGACUAAAGAGGUGUCAGCCUUUCUGGGAACUAGGAAGUCCCAUUUUAACUUGAGAGUCCCCCCACCCUCAUUUGCCUGAAAGUAAUAAUUGAUGAUGCUCUUUGAAGAGUUUUUAUUACUAGCUUUCCAAGUAAAGGCUAAUUAUGAUAAUAAAGGGAAAGAUUUGGAAACACAGAAUUCAUUUUAUUGCUAUUAAAAGGAGGUUAAACACAGUGUUCCUCAUGUAUAGCCGUAGGCUUUAUGAAAAGACAGCAGAGAGGCUGUAGAGACAUUUGCCCAAAGCAGUCUACUACACCCUGUGGCCUUUGUGGAAGUGGUGUCCUCAAGCAGUGCCACCAGGAAGGGCCACUGACUCCUAUGCCCCUUACAAGUAGUGCCUUCCUGCUGUUUAUCUGCACGGAGAUCUUAAUGGGUAAAGAUGCUGCUGCUUACUUGAUUCUCACCUGCAGCCUGUGUUCGCCUUCCAUUGAGGAAGGUCUUGUCAGCCAUUCUUUAUAACCCUUUCUCAGGUAUUUACCAUCAUUAUCUUUUAACUUCCUGUUAAAGAGAAAAAGAAAGAAAACUCCUGAGUCGCAUUUGACUAUAAUUUUAAGGAUCAAAAAUCACUGAUUUUUAAAAAGUCAUUGAUAUAUCCCAAGAUUUUUUAACCUACCACUUCAACUGCCUGACGAAUCAUAUCAUUUUGAACAUAGCUAAUUUUUCCUCUGGAAAAUGCUAUAUAUUAUGUGACAAAAAUAAAAGUUUUAAAUAAAUCUAUAUUAGCAUUCCUACAAGGAAAAGGCUCAGCUAGACAAGGGCCUAGUAAAGCACACCGGUGUCCAACACCUUGGGACAGUGUUAUUUAAAUGGAGAGCCUUGUACCUCCUCUCCCACAAGAAACCAGUCAUAAGCUUCAUGGGUUCUGUAAGCCUUCUGAAAUUACAUGCAAAAUCAUGAGUACAAUUUUCUGGAAAAGGAGGCCAUGGAUUUUAUAAUUCUCAAAGGGAAUGUGACCCCAGAUGAUCUAAGAACCUUUUAAGGAGCCCCUAAGAUGACCCUUCUCAGUCAUUCUGCUUUACCUAGACCCCCAGGGCUUUCAGUUUGAAUUCUUGGGAAUUCUUGUCCCUUUGAUGUGUCCUGAUAUCCGGACUCAGUUUUCUGUGUUCGGCUUCCUCUGGUAGGGUCUGCAGUGGCUUCAUGUUGGUUGCUUUCAGGGUCAGCUCUUUGGUAGUUCCCACUACUGCAGUUUGUACUCUCUGUUUGUUGUCCUUCUCUUCUUUCCAGAUGUUGCAACCUCUUGUUCCUAAACCCAAAAUAAUUAGGUAUGGUGAAUAUGCUACUAUUUUGAUGAGUUUAGUCCUAAUGACAAAUAGAACUGCAUUAAGGGUCACUGAAUCUCGUUUAAGUAUCUGUAAGCUGCUAGCAUUGUUCUGUAUUUUUAAAGAGAAAUAAACUUUGUUAAUCAUU